AUGUUCCUGCGGAGUGUGGCCAUCCUCCUUUCGACCAUGUCGGAUGCACGCCGCAUCCGACGUGCCCUCUCUAUUGGUUCUGACGAUAACCAGCCCAAGCGCCGUACCUUCCGCAAGUUCUACUUCCGCGGCCACGAGACCGAUACUCUCCUGAACCUGCCCCAGGAGGAGAUCACCAAGCUCCUGUCCGCCCGCGUCCGCCGCAAGUUCAGCCGCGGUAUCGGCACCAAGCCCAACCUCCUCAUGAAGCGCCUCACCGCCGCCAAGAAGAACGCCACCGCCGAGGAGCGCCCCGCCUACAUCAAGACCCACCUGCGCAACAUGAUCGUCGUCCCCGAGAUGAUUGGCUCCAACGUCGCCAUCUACAACGGCAAGACCUUCAACCAGGUUGAGAUCAAGCCCGAGAUGGUUGGCCACUACCUUGGUGAGUUCUCCCUCACCUACAAGCCCGUCUUCCACGGUCGCCCCGGUGUCGGUGCCUCUGGGGCCUCCAAGUUCAUCCCCCUCAAGUAA